CGACGAAGGAGGUGGAGAGGAGAUAGUCGGUCGCAUACACAGUGUACGACUAUUCUAUCUGGUCUGGUUAGAGAGUCGGUGUUCGGACCGGUGUCUCGAAGAGAUCAGUGCGGGCGGUCGUGCACGAGGAUGGCCGGCGACGACGGUGCACCACCGAACAAUGAGAUCCUCGGUACGGACGGAGAGGGGCAGGGUGCGUCAGUGCGAGGGGAACCGCAUUCCAGAGUGGGCGGCAUCCUGGAAUGCGAUCCCCCCGGUAACAAGAAUUUGCCGAGUGAGCAAGCCUUCAACGACGACGACGGCGCCGACGGAAGCGGUGAAACUGUGAUUGCCGACGACUGUAACACCAGCGGAGGCGUUGAGACCGUGAUUGCCGGCGAUAACGGCGCUCUGUGCCGAUAUGCUAUCGGCACUGCCAAUACCGCUAUGUCUUUCAUCGAGGUUUGUCAGAUUCGACUGCAGCAUCUCUUCCCGCAAUUGGUCUCAUCUUCGCGCUACAAUCUUUGCGAAGAUUCCAUAGAGCUUACAGCAGAAUGUUUGGCCAACGAUGUAAUACGGUAUCUACUGAAGGAAGAUAUUUAUCUUAUAUCUCGAGAUCCGGUCUCUCGUAGUAUGAGACACAAUGUAUAUCAGAUGUUGAACAAGCACAGUAUUCUAUUCGCGAGUAUGGUAAAUCGUUUGAACGUUGUGCCGGAUACGGCAUACGAGGCAUUCAUGGGAGUUGCGGAUGAGCUGUUUUUACACGGUGGUGUUACAUGGGCAAGAAUCGUUUGUCUCUACGCAUUUAUGGGUAGACUCGCUCUCUGGGCCCGAGAUAGACGAAUGCACGCUUUAAAGAAAAAAUUACCGCUAUACGUCUCCAGAUUUAUUGGCGAAAAAGUUGCUCACUUUAUCAAAGGAUAUGGAGGAUGGGAGCAACUGUGUAUAGAGUACCCUGUGGCAGAAGAAAUAAGUGGAGCAAUCUGGAGGAGUCUUCUUAUGACUGGUGCUACACUUGGCUUGGUUGCAACAAUUUUAACAGUGACCUCCUGAUAUACCCUUACAAAUUAACUAACACAGGGUAUGUUCCAUGUGAGACCUUCCAGCGUACUUAUGUUCUAUCAAAAUGUUUUUAAAAACAAUUUUGGAGUUUAUAUGAUGCUUUUAUAUUGGCAGUGAAAGUGAAAUUGUGUGAUUUGGAAGCCAUCUUUGCCUAUACUCUUAUAAUAAGUACAAGAUGUAAAUUAAAUCUUGAUCUUACAGCCUGCACAAUUUUCAUAUCAAUGUCAUUCAGUUUAGAAUCAUCCUACUGUGUAACAUGA